AUGGCGACCACCGUCGACAAGAUUAAAGAGAUCGAGUCUGAGAUGGCUCGAACUCAGAAGAACAAAGCUACAUCGUUCCACUUGGGACAACUUAAGGCUAAGCUUGCAAAAUUAAAAAGGGAGCUAUUGACGCCCAGCGGCGGAGGCGGAGGGGGAGGAGCCGGAUUUGAUGUUGCACGUACAGGUGUAGCGAGCGUGGGCUUCAUUGGAUUUCCCUCUGUAGGCAAAAGCACCCUAAUGAGCAAGCUGACGGGGCAGCACUCAGAAGCUGCUGCAUACGAGUUCACAACCCUAACCACGGUUCCUGGCCAAGUCAUAUACAACGGCGCCAAAAUCCAGAUACUUGAUCUGCCUGGAAUUAUUCAAGGCGCGAAGGAUGGUAAAGGGCGUGGUAGACAAGUUAUUGCCGUGGCAAAAACCUGCCAUCUCAUCUUCAUCGUCUUGGAUGUGAAUAAACCGUUGACGGACAAAAGAGUCAUUGAAUCUGAAUUAGAAGGGUUUGGUAUUCGAAUAAACAAGUCUCCGCCGAAUAUUGUUUUUAGAAAAAAGGACAAAGGUGGCAUAUCAAUUACCAGCACAGUUCCCCUAACUCACAUCGAUCACGAUGAAAUCAAAGCCGUUAUGGGAGAAUACCGAAUUUCCUCUGCAGACAUUGCUAUUCGCUGUGACGCGACGAUUGAUGAUCUAAUAGACAUUCUCGAAGCAAAGAGCCGAAGCUAUAUACCAGUCAUCUAUGCGCUGAAUAAAAUCGACUCUAUAUCAAUUGAGGAAUUGGAUCUGCUAUACCGUAUUCCCAACGCAUGCCCAAUCAGUGCGGAGCACGGAUGGAACGUCGAUGAACUCCUAGAGCAAAUGUGGGGUAAACUAAAUCUUAAGCGCAUCUACACGAAGCCCAAAGGUAAGGUACCGGAUUACACUGCUCCUGUUGUCCUGAGAUCAAACGCUCGCACAGUUGAAGAUUUUUGUAAUGCCAUCCAUAAAUCCAUCCUUGAGCAGUUCAAACAUGCCAUCGUUUACGGCCGGUCUGUCAAACAUCAGCCUCAGAGAGUAGGCCUUAGCCAUGAACUCGAAGAUGAAGAUAUCAUCACAAUUAUUAAAAGAUAG